AUUAUUUUUAUCACCAUCUAAACAAACCUCAAAUUAUCACAAUUUAAACAAAAGCGUGAUGUGAUGACUUUGGCAAGUCAAGAAGAAGGCAAAAAAUGGCCACAAUUCCUUGCAGUUUUUGCCGCAACUUUUGUCUAUCUCGGAACUGGGGUUCACACUGGAUGGCCAGCUCCCUCCCUCCCCCAGCUUCUCUCCGAGGCAUACCCCCAUAAAGUAACCAAUGACGAAGCCUCCUACAUCACAAUCAUCGGCCAUUUGGGCAACAUUUGUGGCGGUUUUUUGGGAAAUCUCCUCCUUGAUAAAAUCGGGCGCAAAAAAACAAUCCUCCUAAUCUCCCUCCCCCAAAUUUUGUCAUUCCUCCUAAUUAUUGCCUCCUACGAAGUAAUGGAGUUGUUAUACUUGGGCCGCUUCAUUGGGGGAGUUGCCGAAGGAGCGACUUUUUCCUUCAUGCCUGUCUACAUUGCUGAAGUUGCACAACCGGAAAUCAGGGGGAGUUUAGGGACCCUCAUGUCCGUAAUGCGUGUCUCUGGAAUGCUCCUCGUCAAUUUGAUUGGUUCAUAUUUGACCAUCAAACAAUCGGCAAUGAUUUUCCUACUUUUCCCGAUCAUUUUUGUAACAGUUUUCUACAAAAUGCCCGAAAGUCCCUACUAUCUCUUGAUGAAGAACCGAAAACUUGAAGCAGAGUCGGUUUUGAAAUUUUUGCGCCGGAAAAAAAGUGUUUCAGAAGAGUUGGUAAAACUGACGAAUGAUGUGAACCGACAAAUGUCAGAAUCCGGGACGUUCCGGGACAUUUUCAGGAUCGAGUCCAACCGGAAAGCCCUUUUUCUCGUAGGUUUGUUACGAAUUUUCCAGCAAUGUACCGGAUUUUCGGCGUUUAGUUCCUACGUCCAGAUUCUUUUAAGCGAAGCGACCCAAACUUUGGCCCCUCAUAUUGGAGCCUCAAUCCUCCUACUAGUCCAGCUUUUUAUGGCCGUUUUAUCGUCAUUUUUCGUCGAUAAAUGGGGCCGGAAACCACUAUUAAUUUUUUCAACGAUUGGUUGUUUCAUUAACUUAACCCUCCAGACGAUUUUUUUCGCAAUGAAAGAGUACACAAAUUUCGAGGUUUCAGUUAUUGAUUGGUUUCCUCUUGUUAUGAUGAUCAUAUUUAUGAUUUUAUAUUUCUCGGGUUUAGGGGUCACUGUUAACAUUGUUACAAGCGAAAUGUUUUCAGCAAGUGUGAAAGGUAAAACAAUCAGCUUGGUUAAUGCAACUUUUGCGUUCGGUAUGUUGGCCACAACGAAAUUCUACCAAACAACCGCCGAUAAUUUCGGUUUGACCGUUCCUUUCUCUAUUUUCGCUCUUCUGACACUGUUCGCUGUUAUUUUUGAGUAUAUUUGUCUCCCGGAAACGAAAGGCAAGACUUUGGAAGAGAUUCAACAGGAAUUGAAAGGCAACAAGCGAUGAAUUUAACUCUGUAUAAACAGUUAAAUAAAUUGUUACUUUAUU